ACUCGCCCUGCCCAAACAAUACAGAAGAAGCAGGACAGGUCGCAGGAAACACAGUAUUUUAUAACACACAGGUUUUAUUUUUGUUUAUCAAUACAAAUACCUUAUUUUUUGUUGGGUUUUUUUGCAGUGUUUCUAAAAAAAAUAAGCGACGUCGAGGCAAGUAUUUUCAACCCUCGCUGAGAUGAAGUGGUAGUAACGAAAGCCUUGUUAGCUACCGUUAGCAAGGUGUCAGAUGCUAGCUGGGUUAGCUAUUGUGCGCUAUGUGAUAAACCUGCAGCUACCGGGAAAAGUUGUUUUAGAGAAGCCCUUUUUGGGGUCGAGUGGCGUUAUACCGAUCGGCUGCUGAACGCUUUUGUGUUUUACCUGUGAGUCGACGAGGCAACCAGCCGGUAAAGUCCGAUGUGUUUAUCCGUUAGCAACCUUGCGUGGUUGAAAUCCAAGAUAGCACGACGACGUUAAAUAGCCUAGCUGCUACAUAAACGACAACAUCCACCAAACUGGACAAAACUUUGGAUUUAGUCGGUUUUAAAUCGGGCUCGGCGGGUUCGCUGACCCCCCAGAAGAAGAUGAAGAAGAGGAAGGAGUUAAAUGCUCUGAUCGGACUCGGGGACAGCAAGAGAAAGAAGACCAAGAAGGGAUCCGGUCACCGACUUCUCCGAACCGAGCCGCCGGACUCAGAGUCCGAUUCGAGCUCGGACGACGACGAGUUCAACAACCUGAGCAGCGGAGCCAACUUUGGGAAAAGAAGCUACACGCAGUGCUGCAACGUGUGCUACCCCUUGUUUCUGUUCAUCAUACUGGCUGCCUGCGUUAUGGCCUGUGCUGGACUCAUAUGGAUGCAGAUCGCUCUGAAAGAAGAUCUAGAUGCAAUGAAAGAAAAGCUGCACAGCAUGGAAUCCAGCCAGAAGGUGUCGUCAAGUGAAAUACCGAAACUAAGUGAGGACCUGAAAAACAAGGAGAGAAAACUUGAUGACAUUGAAAAUGGGGACAAGGGGUUGAGCAAGCUCUGGUCUAACUUAACAGAAAUGAACAGAAAGAUCAGUUUGCUGGAUUCUGCUGUAAACCAUUUGAAGGCCAACUUGAAAUCAGCCGCUGAUUUAAUCAGCCUUCCCACCACAGUUGAAGAGCUUCAAAAGAGUGUUGCUACAAUUGGCAGCACACUAACGAGUGUGCAGCACGAUGUGAAGACUAUCCAGGCUGCUCUUGAAAAUCAGAAGAAGGAUGACGACUUGAAGCAGACAAUGGACAUAACAGACCUGAGAAAAGCUGUGAGUGAGGCGAACAAGACAGAGGAGCUGCACCAUACACAGGCGGAUGAGCAGAUCCACAUCCUCCUCUCUACAGUUGCAGAUCUUCAACAGAGAGUGUCGUCAUUAGAGAACGGAUCAAAGCAAAGUUCCAAGGACAAUGACGCAGCAGCUCAACUGCCAACCACCAGUAAAAGUCCAGUAACUGAGGGGGUGAACGAAGCUACUACAACCAAAGCAACACCUGGGGAUACACUAGAGAUAUCCACACCACUGACAGAGCCUCAGACAAGCAGACGUCCACGCUUCUUAACUCCAAACCGCAUUAAGAGAAGUGCAUGGACAGGAUGCCCAAAGACUGUGAUCCUGCCUGGUGUCGGUUCUCUGAAAGACUUGGAAGACAUCUUCCAGCAGGCAGACAUUGGACGUAAUUCACUUGGAUUGACCUACCAUGGCCUGAGUAAAGUAUUUGGAACAUUCACUCCCAGUGCUCGUACCAUGGAGUGUUUUGACAAUGACAGGGACCAGAGGUACUCUCUGAUGGAGCUGAGAGCUGCUGUAGGUUUGUGAGCACAUUAUCACUGACAGCAGUGAACAGUAUUGAAUACCCAGCGGGGUCUGGGGGUUCGGAGAUCCCGACCCUUUUCAGUAAUUGCUGCACUUUUUGUGAACCGAAUAUUUAUCAUACUGAUUGUGGAACAGUGGCGCUGGCAUGCCCCCUACUCACUCCCCCCAUUCCCCUGCCCAUUUCAACACCUCUUUCACAAAACAUGAGCUUAAAUUUUAAAGUUAAUCUAUAUGAGUACCUGUAUGCAGAAUAUUCCGCUCUUAUUUUAGCGAAUUCCAUGGUUAAUGUGAAAUAAACCGUGGAAAUAGGUGUUGUGAAUUAUUUUGAAUCCUGUUUCCCACCUUCAAUUCUCUGACUUGCUGGUUUCCUGCACCUGUGUUUUUGUUUGGUUUAGUUUAUUUCCAACCAAUUUGUCUCCUCUUGAUGUAACUUUUUUUUGUGUAUUUAGCUUCUCCAGAGGCUGUAAUUGUUAGUCCAUUGCAGAUGUCCCCACCCAUUAACACAAACACCUGGUACAACUCAUCUGAACCUUAUUUAUAGGACCUGAGAUAGAAUGUUAUGAAUGUUUACAAAUGACUACUAGAAACAUUUUUUGUGAGUCUUUUGUUUUUAGAUGAAUUCCUAACUUAAGAGCAAACAAUGGGAGCAUUAGAGUGAGGACUUAAUGUAUGCUCUAAACAAGUUUCAGAUUUUUUUUUUCUGUUCUGUUUUCUUCCCCUCAUUUAUCUUCAGUUAGUUGCUACGUUUUGAUAGGAGUCGUGUGUUUCGUCCAUCUGUACAUUAAUCUGUAUUUUUGCGGUUUUCAGUUCUACAAGUUCCGAAGGGCUAUGAACACUUUGAAUCAUUCAGAAAGAAUUUUGAAGUGGUAACUCGUGAGGCAUAUGUAGCAAUAAGAAAAUGACAUAGAUAUUGCUUGGUAAAAGAUGCAGUAGACAGAAGGCACACCUAGCUCACAAUGUGUAACAGGUAGUAUAAGAAGCACUGACAUCACUCUUUACUUGAUUCAUUUUAUUCCAUUUUUAUGGGCCUAAUAACGGUGUAUUUACAUAACAGAUUUGUCAUACUCAAAUAUUGCUGUAUUAUGUAAAAAAAUGUAUUAAACAAAUGAUCUCGUGAAGGGUCGGGUUGGUAAAAUUUACUUUACGGUCUUACUCUCAACCUUGUACAUUUUUUAAAAAUCUGUUGUGCUUUGCAUGUUGCUUAUAAUGUAACAUGAACCGAUUAUUUAUAAACCUAACAUAGUCGACUACUUGGUUUUGCAAGACAAUUUGUUAGUGGAGCUCAAAAUGUAACAGCUUUGGCCAUCAUGACAUAGACUUUUGAUCCAUGCUGCUACUGUACAUGGGGGGAUUUUAUGAACGUGUUUUUGUGUGAGCACCAAUGAAUAAAACACACAAUGAAAACGGU